AUGACAGAAGGUGAACAACAUUUCACUGUGUAUGAUCCAGAAACACAACAGCCUAUGACAGUUACUGUUAAUCAAACCCAUGAUGAAGGGAACCAGGCAGUUCAAGGAAUACAAUACAUAACACCUGAUGGUGUAUCUGUACAAUUACCACAUGGACAUACAGAUAUUAAUCAGUCAGAUCCACAAUCGAUAUUUUCAACACAGAGCAGUACAACAUUUGCCAAUUUACCAGUGCAGGGAACACAGAGUAACAGUUCUAAUUUACCAGUUGUAGUUUCUGCUGGUCAAAAUAUUAUUCAGAAUGCUUCAAUAAGUCAAGGUGGUAAUAAUGUACUACAGACACAAGUACAAGUACAGCAGCCUAGUGGUACUAGUAGUACUCCUGGUAUUCCUCAGAUGUUGUUUUUAAACCAAGUUACUAUUAAUGGACAGACAUCCUUUGUUUUGGUGGAUGCUAAUAACAAACCUGUACAACUUCCACAAGGAAUUCAAGUGAUAAACUUACCUUCACAACAAAUGGGACAACAGUUACCUAUGCCAGGAGCAGAAUCUGGAGAUGAACCAUUAUAUGUUAAUGCUAAACAAUAUCACAGAAUAUUAAAACGAAGACAGGCUAGAGCUAAACUAGAGGCUACUGGUCGAAUACCCAGAGAAAGAUCUAAAUAUUUAUAUGAAUCUCGUCAUCAGCAUGCUUUAAAAAGGUCAAGAGGUCAAGGUGGUGUUUUUGUGGGUCAACCUGGUCAGCCCAAUGAGAAUUAUUCAGAGCAAAAAAUGAAUGAAAAUGGAACUAUAAUUAGUAGUAGUGAUACCUCCAGUCAAAUCAGUCAGUUAAUAUCCAGUUCAACUGUUCAAUCCCUACCAACUCUAGCCUCACGACCGCCAGAGAUGUUAAACUCUAUAGCUACAUAG